UGACCUAGAUUAUGCACGCACACCUGAUAGAAAGCGGCUCACAUGAAAGAACCAUUUCCUGAUUGAGUAAUGAAUUAACGGUUAAAUAACCGUUAUAUCUCUCCUGCGACAAUGUUGUCAUGAAUUUGACAACGAUGUCAUCUCGUUUCAAGCCGUACAUGAUGCAAUAACGCUGUCACGUUGUAUAUGUGGUGCCGUGAAGGAUGAUUCAUGUUUAUUUCAAGACAAAAUAUUGAUCAAAAACCACAUGUUGCACUGUGAUCCAAAUUUGUCUUAUCACAACAAUGUUACAGUCAACAUGGAUAGCUCUUGUGCUUGGGUUCUGGUCAUCGUUGUACCUCUUGGAUGCAUUUCUUAAGACAAAGAAGUCCACUAGCCGAUCAUAUCGUCAAGCGUUGGACAGCAGUGGUCUGACAUUAUCUAUUUGUCAACUGAGAUGGUAUACAAACUCCUUGAACCGCCUGUUCCUCCGCGUGGGGCAGUGGAAUCCGCCUCUGCUGCGUCUGUGGUUCACCGUGGGCGUGUUCUUCAGUCUAGUGGCAAUGCUCAUCUCCAUCUUCGUCUUGACGUUGCUUGUCCUCAACACCCUCCGCAGACAGCCCGUGGAGCACCAGGUCCUCACGCCAGUGAUGCCAGGUGUGAAUCUGCCGACCAGUCAGAUCUGGUAUUAUCUGCUCACACUGCUGGUGUGUGGCAUCCUGCAUGAGUUCGGACAUGCUGUCGCCGCAGUCAGAGAACAAGUGAGAGUAAAUGGGUUCGGCGUCUUCCUGUUUCUGAUGUACCCAGGCGCGUAUGUUGACCUCUCCACAGAACACCUCCAGGUUAUCUCCCCUUUACGACAGCUGCGUGUCUACUGUGCCGGCGUCUGGCACAACUUCAUCAUCGUCAUCGUAGCUCUGUUUGUGCUGAUGCUCAUGCCCCACACACUGAUGCCAUUCUACACCCUCGGCAAGGCGGUGGCCGUCACUAGUGUCAUUCCGAAUUCAGCAGUAUCUGGACCCCGAGGUCUCCUGCCGGGCGAGCCAGUCACACGCAUCAGUGACUGCAUGGUGACUGACCUUGACACUUGGCAUGACUGUAUCGUGGCCAGCAUGAAGCAACAGUCUCUCGGACACUGCAUGCCUGUGCAGCUUAUUCGGGAUCUGGAUACUUCACCUAAAAAUUACAGCCACACACCUGACUCGCUUGACUGCUGCAACGAGACAAGCAGUACACAUCUAUGUUUUUUAUAUCACACCAAGUCCAGGGCUGACACAUUGAUUGAAGCUGAAGUGAAGUAUGCCUGCCUCCCGGCUCGGACAACGACUGACCGACCCAUCUGUCGACUGCAGAGCGACUGCUACACGCCCAAAGUGGAGAUGGCCUGUGUAUAUCCCGCUGUCGACAAUGAAACAAAACUUUUACGGAUAUAUCAUGGUCGGAGACCACCAUUAUUGUUUCUAGGGCAUCCUGUAGAUUUAUUUUAUUCAGUAUCUGUGAGCAAUUACGUUCCAAACAGUUCCAUCAUACCACUAAAUCUUCCAUAUGUCAUAGAAACGUUUUGCAAAUAUUUGAUGUCUCUAUCAGGGGCGCUGGUGAUCCUGAACGUGGUGCCCUGCUACGCUCUGGACGGACAGUGGAUAUGUAAGGCGUUCAUAGAACUCAGCCUUCGGUCGACCAUCCCCGACAGCGAUAUACGGAGUUUAAUAUACAGCCUGUGUAUACUGUAUGGAACACUGCUGCUGCUGCUCAAUGUUGUCGUGGCGAUGUGGACGCUGUUCUUGUAGCAUCAGUGCGGGAUACAGUGACGUGUCCCUAGUGCCUUGAACGCUGCCUUGGAUACACCUCCAUCUCAUCUCAACAUCACCUGAACACCAUCUCCACACCACAUUGUAAUCAACAUUGCAUCAUCUUAACAUCAGCUCAACAUCACCUCUACACUGGGGGCACGGGUGGCCCAGUCGUCUAAGGCGCCGCGAUUCGCUGUGCAGAGUUGCGUCCCUUGGGCACGCCAGAAACCUAUGAUUGUGGGUUCGAAUUCC